UGCUGGCCCCAGCCGGAAGCUUCCUCCAGGCAGCUCCUACAGGAUCUGUGCCCCAGAGCUGCCUGGCACCUGGGGAUCUCCUUGGAGCCAGGGCUCUUCUGGCCAAGCCCGAGGCUCACGGGUGUCUUCCAGCUACUCCAUGAGUGACGCAAACCAAACCAUUGUGGGGCCUUCAGAGUUCCCCACGGCAUCAGCCACGUCCCCUGGACCAGGUGUCGGGGCCCGGGCAUGGCCUGUGCUGGUGGGGGUUGUGCUGGGAGCUGUGGUCCUUUCUCUCCUCAUUGCACUUGCUGCCAAGUGCCACCUCUGCCGCAAAUACCGCACCAGCUUCCAGCACCGCCCGCUGCCUGGAACAAGGAAGGGGAUCUGUCCAGAGGUGGGUGAAGAUGAGGAUGAUGACGGCUUCAUUGAGGACAAUUACAUUCAGCCUGGUGCCAGUGGGCUGGGGACGGAAGGUAGCAGGCACCACUUCUCCCUCUGAGCCAAGAUCUUUGGACACCCCCCCACCCCAUGCUUGACAGCUUAAGGAUUGUAAAUACCACAUGGGAACCAUGAACCUCAGGGAUGGAGGUGGCUAGGGUUUAAGGGCUGACCAGGGGUUGAGCAAUUUUUCCUUCCCUAACACUAGCCACCAAAAUGACAAUGAUCUUCUCUUGCUCAAUAACCCUCAAUGGCUCCCUGCUGUUCUCAGGAUAAAGCCUACCAAGGACCUAAAUAUGGAAAUAAGGGCUCUCUUGGCCUCUUGCCUUUCCCUACUAUUAUUAUAUACCAGAUGAUGACAUUUUAGCAGAUGAAAAUCAGUGUGCCAAGUUUCUUACUGAAAUUUUUUUCUAUCAAUGA